ACCCAGAAACAAAACAAACCACAAACAAAAACCCUGCUCAUCUCUGGGGACCCCUCCCAGACCAAGCGGAUCCAGGCCCAAGGGGUGAUGUGCAGGAAGUGAUCGGCGGCCUGCAGCCGGCUCCGGUCCCAAUAUGCCUUUUCCGCGACGUCGCUCUUCGUUCCUGGGCUCCCAGGCCUCCUGCUCCUCCUCCACCCUGGAGACUCCCGGGGCCGCGAGCCGCCGGAUUAGCGUGGGGGCUGGGGGAGGCGGUGGCCUGCCGAGGGCCCCGGGCGUUUAUGUGGGCACGGCACCCGCCGGAGGGUUGAGCCGCCUGGGCACCCGGGUGUCCCGCCGGGCCCUGGGUAUCAGCAGUGUGUUCCUGCAGGGCCUGCGGAGUUGGUCUCCGGCCGCCACGCCCCUAACCCCGGGCUUGGAGAAGAGCCGAGGCCCCUCGUUUGAGGCCUUGAACGGCUGCAUGCUAGAGUAUAUAGAGAAGGUCCGGGCCUUGGAGCAGGUCAACAGGGAGCUCGAGGAGCACCUCAGGGGCCACCUGGAGAAGAAGGCUUCCACUGUCGGCAACUGGGGGGCUCUGAGGGACACCUGGGAGAACAUCUACCAUCAGGUGGGUGAAGCUGUCUUGGAAAACGCCCGGCUCAUGCUGCAGACUGAGAAUAUUCAAGCCUGCGCUGAAGACUUCAAAGAGAGAUAUGAAAAUGAGCAGCCAUUCCGAAAGGCAGCAGAAGAUGAAAUUAACUCCCUGUAUAAAGUGAUUGAUGAUGCUAAUUUGACUAAAACGGAUCUGGAGAGUCAGAUAGAAAGCAUGAAAGAAGAACUGGCUUUUUUGUCAAGGAACCAUGAAGAGGAAGUGAAGGUGCUUUACAAACAGCUCGCCGGGUCUGAGCUGGAGGAAGCGGGUGCUCCCAUUGGGACCGGCCUGGUUGACAUCCUGGAGGCCAUCCGAGUCCACUGGGAGAAGGACAUAGAGAAGGAAAGGGAAGAGGCCAGGGCCUUGCUCCAUGCCAAGCACCAGACAGAAGCGGCCCAAGCGGUGCGAUCCAAAGAAGAGGAGCUGGUGGAUUCCCUCAGAGCUGAGUUCCGUGACACCACCUGCAAAAUUCAAAGUCUUCAAGCUGAGACCGAAUCUUUGAGAACAUUGAAGAGAGGCCUAGAGAACUCCCUGUAUGAUGCUAAGCACUGGCAUGACAUCGAGCUGCAGAACCUGGGCUCCGUAAUCACCAAGCUAGAAACCGAGCUGGGGGAGAUUCGAGUGGAGAUAGAGCAACAACAGAGGGACCGGGAGAAUCUGUUGUCCAGCAAAAUCCAGCUGGAGAAGGACAUUGUGUCCUAUCACUGUCUUCUGGAUGUCGAAGGAAGCAGCUGAUUUGGAAACUUUGCCUUUUAAAGAAGAAAACACUGUCACCCCAAGUGACAGAUAAGAUUGCCGAAGCUUCCGACUGAACCAAACCUGUGCUUUAUUCAACUCAUGCUUUAAGGAGGAAAGGCUCUCUGAAUGCAAAGUAUUAUUAUUAUUAUCAUUAUUAUUAAUAUUAUUGAUUUAGAACUGUAAGUAGAUGGUAAGUAGAUUACCUUCCCCAUUUUCUCUUCGGAAAAAUUGCUUUGUUUUCAGCUUUCUAUUUAAGUUUCAGCUCUCUGUUAAAAUUACAACCUAAU